AUGGAUCUCCAAGGACAGCCCAUUCCCCCUGGCCAGAGAAGCACCAAGGUCACUUCCGACCCCGAACGCAGAAACAACCCCAUCCAGGAGCCUUCUGGCCCCAUUACCAACGACUCCCUGGCCGCCGAGUCAGCCACUCAGGGCGGCGCUUUCUCUCAGAACCGCGGAGCCCAGCCCAUGGGCGUUUCCGCAGGUCAAUCGACCGUCCGUACCACCGACACCAGUGCUGCCACUAAGCUCGACUCCAACGCCGACACCCAGGAUAGGUAUCCCGAGGGUCUAGGCGGACAGGGCAACUACCCUGGCGCUCACGUUUCCGAGUCCGGCUAUGUUGGUGGUCCCACUGCUGCUCAGAAGGAACUUGGUAUCGGUCAGGGCCAGUACCCUGCUUCCCAGAAGCUGUCUCAGCAGCAACAGUCAUCUGGAGGAGGAAGAAGCGGUGGUGCUAGCUACUCCCAGCAACAGCAGCCCGCUCCCGCUAGUGGCAGCGGCUACCGCAGCCAGCACAAUGCUGGAGCGGCGCCAUCCUACGUUCAUGAUGUGACUGGUCGCUUGGGUGAUAGCAAGCCCAAGGGUGCCAACUUGAAGGAGGGAGAUAUCCCUGAUGAUGCGCCGAACGCUAGCUACACUACUGAUAUUGGUAGUGAGAAUGACCCUGGUCGGUUGGCGCAGGGUGGCUUCCAGCGUAAGACUGCAGAGAGUGGUCCUGCCGGUACCAAUGCUGGUAGACAGAAGGGUGUGGAUAACCAGCACCCGUACCAGGUUUUGCAGUCUGACCAGAGGGCUUGA